AUGUCCAUCUCAAAGAUCACCUUCCUCUGUGUACUCUUGAUUGCUGUCUUCUCGUCAAGGAGUGCUUUAGCAUUUACUGGAAACCAAUGUUUGAAGUCUAAUCGUGAUUCGUUGAGCAGAGUUUCUUCUCGAGGGAGAAGUUUUGAAGCCAGCAAAACUUUGGCGAUAGUCCAUAACAAGGAUUAUUAUACCGGUCACUAUCACUACCAUGCCCCAAUUCACACUCUGGUUCAGACCGAAGCUGCCACUAGAGAGAAAAACUUUGUUUCGAGAAUGAUUCCUUCACAGCUAUCCAAUUUGUUUCACUUCGACAAGUCCAAGGCUGCCUCGAUGGGAGUUGCCUUCGCAAUGACCUACAAUUUCAUCAGCAAUAUCAAUGGCUCGAUAACGUUAUCGACCGCAUGGUACAUUGCAUCUGCACGAACUGGACUCUCCCCACUUGUGGCUGGUCAAUGGAAGUCACUCAUGUCUGCCUAUGGUAGUCUAUAUCUCUUGGUCACCAUCAUGAGACCCCUGCGAUUUGCCAUGGCACUAUCGCUCACCAAACAUACCGAACGAUUGAUUGAGGAAACUCAAUCUAGGUUGGGAUGCGCUCGACCUAUUGCCGUUGGCGUAGAUGUCGUCAUGGGACUUGUUCUGUGGCUUAGUACAAUGGCAGGAGGCGUCUUGACUGCUAGUGCGCUAUCUGGUGUUCCCGUCUUGUAA